AUGCAGCAAAAAUGCAUUAACGAUUUGUUAAAUUCUGAAAAUUCAAUUGUAUUAAGUGCACCCACAGGAUCGGGAAAAACUGUAGCAUUUGAGUUGGCUAUUAUACGUUUACUACAUCAACAGAGUCAACAGAUAAAAUUUGGAGAAUCUAUUUCAGCAAAAGCUGUUUAUGUUGCGCCAAUCAAAGCUUUGUGUGCUGAAAAAUUUAUAGAUUGGAAGAAACGUUUUGAAGUAAUCAAUGUGGUAUGCACGCAAAUUACUGGUGAUUCGAAUAUAUUCAACGUAUCAGUUAUCCGAGAUUCUCAGGUUAUUGUGACUACACCUGAAAAGUGGGAUUCAAUAACACGACACUGGCGUGAAUACAUUGACAUUGUUAGUGCCGUACGAGUACUAAUGGUUGAUGAAGUGCAUUUACUCAGUGAAGAUGUACGUGGACCGGUAUUAGAAGCUAUAAUUUCUCGUAUGAAAACCAUUGCUGACAUCGCUAAAACUAAUGUGCGUAUCAUUGUUGCAUCAGCGACAAUACCAAAUGUGGAGGAUUUAGCUUGUUGGAUUGGUGGAUAUAAAAACGAAAAUGUAACCAAAUUAGUGUACGUAUUUUAA